AUGGCCCGUCCCACCCGUUUUGGACCUGGAAUAUGUACCCGAGAUAAUCAAACUAGGCCGACAACGGAUUUCAAGGUAGGACUUCUAAAGUCGCGAGAAAUUGUAGACACAAGAAAUCGACUCCUAAGGGUAGUUCAGGCAGAAUCUUUCAAGGAUGAGAUUCUUUGCAUCGAACACAACAAGGAAAUCGCAAAGUCGAGUAGUCUUAAAUUACUUAACCCACUUCUCGACGAUUCAGGGCUGCUUAGAGUGGGCGGACCAUAUUAUGUGAAGGACAGAACUCGUAAUCGAAUCACGACUAAGGCCAACCUAUGCAUCGUUGUGCGUUUCGCGACAAAGGCAGUUCAUUUGGAAUUAGCGGUAGAUUUAACGACAGACGCAUUUUUAAGUUGCUUGCAGCAUUUUGUAUCUCGGCGAGGGCGUCCUCAAGGCAUGUUUUCGGACAACGGAACUAAUUUCGUCGGCGCAAAAAAUGAGUUUAAUGAUCUAGCAAGACUUCUACUUGACACUGAACAUGAAAAACGGGUAACCAAUUUCUCGUCUCGAGAAGGAAUAAAUUGGCAUUUUAUUCCUGCUCAUGCUCCACACUUUGGUGGAUUAUGGGAAAGUGCUGUAAAAUCAGUGAAACAUCAUUUAAAGCGAGUCAUCGGUGAAUCUAGACUCACUUUCGCAUAG